AAGAAUCUGUAUAAAGUAGCAAAGAGGUUUGGUCAAUAUUUAAUACCAUAGUUACUUGAUAAUUUCCUUAGAUACUGUUGGUUAUUGUUUGUUUUCGAGUGUAUUGGGCAUGCGCGGCCGCCAGCUCCGUCCGGCACCGGCGGAGGCAUUUAUUUACUUCGCGAGACUGGUACCGCGCGCACGAAACGCGGGAAAUUAAUAUUAGCUCGGGAAAAUGGCUCCUUUACAGCGCUGAAGCGGAGUAAGGGAAGGGCGGGCGGCGCGCGCCGGUCGCGCCCAGGCAUUUCACGUUCCAAUACUAUGUCUAUCAUUUAGAAAACCAGACGUUUAUUAUUAUUAACAUUGCAGAGGUGAAGUGAGUGAACAGCUGAGCGUGCAUCUGAAAUGUGAGGUGACGUUGUCUGAACAACAGAUAUCGAGUUCAUCGACUCACAAUGACGGUGGUAACGAACCCAGCUCGCACUAGUUCUGAUGAGGACAUUGAGUCCGGGCGAGAGAGCGUCGCAGGUGGCGACGGCUGCGGACUGGAAAUCGAUGAAAACUCUCGCCUCUACGACAAUGAGAAGCAGAGCGACAUAGUCUUCGUCGCUGGCAUCAACGGAGAUACCUGGAGGUACCCAGGCCAUCGUCGAGUACUCGCCGCCACCAGCCCGGUUUUUGCGGCACUCCUGUCCGCCAAAACAGAUGUCAUCAUCGUCGAUUAUGUCGAUCGUCGUGGCUUUGAACAACUGCUCCGGUACCACUACUGCGAACCGACUCAACUGAACUCAGUGGGAACGGCUCGAUGUGCCCUCGACACCGCCUACAAGUUUCUCUGUCCGCCACUCGCAGAACGAUGCGCCCGCCGGCUGGACGAGAUGUUGGAUGCGGGCGUUGCUUUAGAAAUAUUACGAGACUUGCGAUUCCUGUGUGCGAGACUCCCCGGAGCAGCCUCGGCGCCGCCACUUCCCGCCCUGGCCGAUGAUGCUGCUGCACGUUUUCUGGCGCAGUGCUCUCGCUGGUGCGAUUCCUUAGCUCACAAUGCAUUACUUGUUUUGGAUGAUAACGCAGAUGCUGCUCUCACUGAUGAACGCCUCGAAGAACUCACGUAUGAAGAUCUCGCUCUUAUUGUAAAACGAGAUACGUUGAGAGUGUCCAAUGAAUUAAUACUAGCAGAAGCUUUGUCUCGCUGGGCCACCGCGGUCUGCAAACGGAGCAAGAGGGAGCUGACAUCGAGUAAUAAGAGAGCUGCUCUUGGGGAACUAGCAUAUUGCCCCCGGUAUCUGCUGCUGUCUGGCGAGGAUUUAGAUAGAGCUCUGGGAUUAGAGCUCCUGGAGCCCAUGGAGCGAGCUUUAGUGACAGCCCGAGCUCGAAAACUAUCUGCGCCUGUACCGGUAGGAGCGGAGCAAGAGUCGCUGUUGCGUCGGUGGGCCCGCCCUCGUCCUGCCGAGCCGGCAGCUCUGCCAGUGCACUUGAGUUCUCGUUCCGAGCCGCAACCCGAAGAACCCCGACCCAGCAAGCUAUGCGCGCGCCGUCCUAAACGCCCCAAACAGCCCAGUUUCGCUCCUGAAGAGAAACGCAAGAAGGCUGGAUGUUGCGCUUGCUUCGGCGAGGGGCUUCUCAGGGCUUUCAUUUGUUUAUUCGACUGAGAUCAGGAGUGCACAUGUACAUGUGAAGUGUAAUUACAAUUUCAAGCGUAACUUCCGAAGCUUUCUACCGUGUGGAUGAAAAAGAAGUACCUAACUACACUUUCUGUCUACGUGUGCCAAGCCAAAAAAGAGUUCAGAGCUCGAGGCUGUGUAACAAUGGAAAUGACAAUAUUCCUAAUUCAUGGAUUAACGCACUUACAGGUUACAAUUAGUGAAAAAUGAUCGGACUGGGUAUAAUCAAUACUUAGUGGUAGUAAGAGAACUUCACAGAAAUCUGUUUAAGAUUUCUGUGGUUCUAUUUUAGAACGAAUUUGAUAGGUGAAAUGGAUUGGGAAAGACAUUUUGUAUUUAGGAUGAAAGUCAUUUUUGUAUUUUUUUAUGAAUACUUUACAAACUUUCUACUAACUCUAUAUUUAAAUUAAAAUGUCUUUUCUCACUCUCGCUUUUAUAUCAGUAUUUGAGUAUAUUACUCUUUGUUACUAAAACUAAUAUUUAAUUUAAGAAUAUAAUUUGGGGCUUUUUCAUUCAUAUUGAAAACCUUUAGUUGGUCUGAAAUACAGAAAUCGAAAUAAAAUAUAGUCUGAUUUCUGUAGUCUGAAACAUUUUCUUGAUUGACUUGAGCGUGUACGAGGGCAGAACCGAACAUUGUAUGCAUUAUAAACAUAGAAUCCUUCAUAUAAUUGAUUUUUGAAUGUGCGGCUUAGCUGCGGAUUUAGAUAAUUUAUGUGUGUAUCUGCAUGUUGUAGACAAUUUUGCGUAUCUUAAUGUUGUGAUAUCUAUGUUAAUUCAUUAUUAAAAGUUAAUGUAUUUUCGUUACCUACAAAUCAAAUUGUCCAACAAUUUGCAUUUAGAACUUUGUCCGAAGUCGGUGCACAAACUUCUGUUUACCAACUUCCUUUAGAGUAAUUUGUUGCAUUUAUUAAACAUUUUCGUAGCUUAAUGUUAGUUAAUAAGCUUAUUUAGACAAUAUAGAAAAAUUACCCAGUAGGAAUCUUCCGUUACUUCAUUUACCUACGGAUGUGCUAUCUAGUCGUAUGUUAAGUACAUAAUUUUAAGUAUUUUUCUGAAUUCAAUAUGUUUUCAAUCUCAGCUUAUU